UUACGGUCUUAUCCUCUCUCUCUCUCUCUCCUUGAAAAGCAUUGGCGAAAGGAGCAGCGAUCGGAGAACCCUAGGAGAGAGAAAAACCCUAGUCGGAGGGUGAGGCGGGAAAAAUCCUAUGGCUGCGGCGAAUGUGGCGCAUCCCGUCCGUGGCGGCGGUCGGAGGGGCGGUGGAGCACCGGAUGACGACAAGCUCGUCUUCGAGACGACGGAGGGGGUCGAGCCUAUCACGAGCUUUGAUCACAUGGGUAUCAAGGAGGAUGUGCUUCGCGGUGUCUACGAUUACGGGUUUGAGAAGCCCUCUGCGAUUCAACAGAGGGCUGUGAUGCCGAUUCUACAGGGCCGCGACGUUAUCGCUCAGGCCCAAUCAGGUACCGGGAAGACCUCCAUGAUUGCUCUCUCUGUUUGCCAAAUCGUCGACACCUCGUCCAGAGAGGUUCAGGCCUUGAUAUUAUCCCCAACAAGAGAACUGGCUUCACAAACAGAGAGGACAAUACAGGCUAUUGGGUUACAGAGCGUUGGAGAGGAUAUUAGGAAACUUGAGCAUGGAGUCCAUGUUGUGUCCGGGACUCCUGGUAGAGUCUGUGACAUGAUAAAGAGGAGGAGUCUACGUACCAGAGCUGUUAAACUAUUGAUUCUUGACGAAUCAGAUGAAAUGUUGAGCAGAGGGUUCAAAGACCAAAUUUAUGAUGUUUAUAGAUAUCUUCCACCAGAUCUUCAGGUUGUCUUGGUUUCUGCUACUCUUCCUCAUGAGAUUUUGGAGAUGACUAACAAGUUUAUGACAGAUCCUGUGAGGAUACUUGUGAAGCGUGAUGAGUUGACUCUCGAAGGAAUCAAACAAUUUUUUGUGGCUGUCGAGAAAGAAGAGUGGAAAUUUGAUACCCUGUGUGAUCUUUAUGACACGCUCACUAUUACUCAAGCUGUUAUUUUCUGCAAUACGAAACGAAAGGUGGAUUGGCUUAGUGAGAAGAUGAGGAGUAACAAUUUCACUGUAUCAUCGAUGCAUGGGGACAUGCCUCAGAAGGAGAGAGAUGAAAUCAUGAAUCAGUUUCGGUCUGGUGAAAGCCGUGUUCUAAUCACUACGGAUGUCUGGGCACGAGGAAUUGAUGUUCAACAAGUUUCUCUUGUCAUCAAUUAUGAUCUGCCCAAUAACCGUGAGCUUUACAUCCAUCGUAUUGGACGUUCGGGCCGUUUUGGUCGCAAGGGUGUUGCCAUAAACUUUGUGAAGAGCGAUGACAUCAAGAUCCUCCGGGACAUCGAGCAGUACUACAGCACACAGAUUGAUGAGAUGCCCAUGAACGUUGCUGAUCUUAUCUGACGAGAGAUUUGGAAGGGACAUGGAUGGUCAGUGUCUUGACGCUGCUUUGUUAAGAUUAUGUUUGCUUCACAUGCUGCGCUUCCGGUGUGUUUUUUUUCAUGGAUUUUUCUUUUUUGUUUUAUGGGAAAUGUUAACGUUUUGACAUAUUCAAACGUGAAAUGUUGUUUUAGGAGCUUUAAUUAACAAUGGUUAGAAGAAAAUUGGGUGUAAUUUUGCGUCUUGGUUUAAAAACUUUUGAGUGUUUUUUC